UAGGCGGGGCUUAAAAUAGGGCGGACAUUUUAAUAACUAGCUCCGUUAUUAAAGGGGGUGUGUAGAUCUAGUUAUGGAGGAAGCUGUCAAUAAAGGUGAAGAAGGCAAUAUACAAGAUGGUGGAAGCAAUGAAUCAGUAGGAAAGGACACCAGUGAAGGAGCUGAAGAUGCAAAAUUAGAUUCAAAUCAACUGAAAGAGGAGGGACUGGAGGGUUCAACUCAGAAGGAUGAUUCAAUGGAAGUAUCUGAUGUAAGGAAUAGUGAUGGAACUAAAGUUGAGAGAGAAGAAGGUGGAGAUAAUGGUAACGAAUCAGAAAACAAACAUCGAGGAAAGGAAAUAGAAAAUGAAACAGAAAAAUUAACAGUUCCAACUGACUCUGAAAGUGGACAUGCAAAGAGACCAUUUAAAGAUGAUAUGAAAGCGGAGGAAGCUGUCACUAAAAGUGAAGAAGAGAAUAUACAAGAUGGUGGAAGUAGUGAAUUAGUAGGAACAGUAGGAAAGGACAAUGAAAAUUCUGAAAGUAAAGGAGCAAAAUUGGAUUCCAAUCAAUUGAAAGAUAAGGGAAUGGAGGAUUCAACUGAGAAGGAUGAAUCAAUGGAAGUAUCUCAUACAAGUGAUGGAACUGAAGUUAAGGGAGAAGAAGGUAGAAAUAAUGGUAAGGAAUCUGAAAAGGAUAAAAAAGGAAAUGAAGAUGGAGGGAAAGAAAUAGAAAGUGAAAUCAAAAAACCAAAAGUUGAUAGAUCACCAACUGGUUCACUUGACUCUGAAGGAGGGCAUACAAAGAGACCUUGGAGAGAUCCACCAACUGGUUCACUUGACUCUAAAGGACAUGCAAAGAAAGAUGUGAAAAUAGAUGAGACAGGUCAAGAAGACCCAAGUGCUGAUUCACCAGCAUAUAGUGAUGGGACAGAACCAGCAGAUGAUAGUGAUAUGGAAUAUGAAGGAGGUAGGAGCUCUCCUCCUGUCAAAUCAAAAGAAAAAGAAAAGCAGCAAAGUUCAUUUUGGUCACGAGGCUUUAACCUAAGAUCCACAAAGCUAUCAAUGCCUAGAAUUAAUAGGUAUAGUUCUGAUGAUACUGCGGAAUACCGUAAUGGAUACCCAGGAAAGCGUGAUUAUCCAGAUAUUGAUGACAAUUACAAGUUUUAUACGAAUCAAAUACGUUCAUAUCCUAGUGGUGACUUUAUUGAUAACAUACAUCAGAAUUGGUGGGGGAACUACAGACUACUGGAGUUUCAUCACUCUUACAUUCAAUGGCUCUUUCCUAUCAGAGAGAGAGGAUUGAAUUGGCAUGCACAGGAACUCCAGCUGCAUGAGAUCGAGUCGAUAUGUGAUGACAAAGAUGCUUUAAACAGAGUUGUUAAAUCAUACGAAAUGAUGCUUGACUUUUAUGGCUUGAAACUUGUGAACAAGGAAACAGGAAAGGUGGAGAGAUCUGAUAGAUGGGAAGAACGGUUUAGAAACCUCAAUGAAUCAGGACACAAUUAUCUUCGUGUGACAAGAAUACUCAAAUGUCUAGGAGAGUUUAAGCUGGAGCAUUACAAGCCUCCUCUGAUACACACCUUCUUGCAUGAAGCAAUAACUACAGGGAAACUGAGGAAUACUCUCUCAAGUUGUGUUAACUACUGGAUACCAGUUGUAAAGGAUGAUAAAGAGAGAGAGAAACUAAUGAAAUUAGCAAAGAAACUUAUUGACAAAGUCAAUGGAGAGGAAAAAAGCAAGAAAAAAUAAUAAUGUAUUAUAUUUAUUAUUAUUAUUUUAUAAAAAAUUAUUACAUUGAGUUUGAAAAAUUGAUUGUAGAAAAGUG